CCCGCUUGAAUGCAACACGCUCUCUCUUUACUACGAUCCACCACCGUUGGCCAGGCCUCUUUCGUUCGAGCUUCUACUUGCCCAGGAAUAUACUGCACACCACAGAUUUUGAAGCCGAGCUUUGCUAGAAUACCCGCUCUACCAAUUUUGGCUAGCAGGGCAAUGGCUACUGUUCAGGAAUACAAGCUUAAGUUGGAUAAUGUGGACCUAAGGAAUAGGGAGAAGGUUGAGGCGGAAGUUGAAGGAGUAGAGGGCGGGAAAGUGAUUUUGCUAAAAGUUAAUGACCAGUUGAGAGCUUUGGGGGCCAAAUGCACACAUUACGGAGCACCGCUGGUUAAGGGUGUGAUUGCUGGUGAUGGGAGAAUUACUUGUCCCUGGCAUGGAGCUUGCUUUAACACCGACUCGGGGGACAUUGAAAAUGCCCCCGCCCUAGACCAUCUAGCCGCAUUCCCGGUCUCAAUCAAGAAUGGCGCAGCCUAUAUCAUUGGUGAUGAAGCGACAAUCAGAGCUGGUAAACGGAAACCAGAUGUUAGUUACAAACCUGUUAUCACUGCUGCCUCGGAGCAUGUUGUCAUAGUUGGAGGUGGCUCUGGGGCCAUGGGGGCAAUCGAAGUCCUCCGUGAGAAAGGCUUUAAGGGCCAAAUCACAGUUUUAACAAAAGAGAGAUAUCUACCGAUAGACAGAACCAAGCUCUCCAAAGCACUGAUCCCUGAUGAGCAAAAGCUACAAUGGCGAGAUGCUCAGCACUUCCGUGACGCCGGGGUAGAUUUCCACCUUUCGACAGAGGUUUCUUCAAUCGAUUUCAAGGCCCACAAGAUCCAUACCAAAACGGGAGGUGAAUUCUCGUAUUCAAAAGUCUUGCUAUGUACUGGAGGAACUCCCAAGAGGUUGCCUAUGAGAGGCUUCAAGGACCUAAGAGAUAUUUUCGUGCUGAGAGAUGUUGAUGAUGUGCAGGGUAUCAACUCGGCAAUUGGGGAUAACGGAAAGAAGGUUGUUGUAGUUGGCAGUAGCUUCAUCGGAAUGGAGGUAUCAAAUUGCCUAGCACAGAAGGGGAAUGACAUCACAAUCGUAGGGAUGGAGGGUGCUCCAUUAGAACGUGUUAUGGGGGCAAUGGUUGGAAAGAUCUUCCAGAACCAGCUCGAGAAGAGUGGGGUUAAAUUCCGGAUGAACUCUGGAGUAGAGUUUGCAGAACCUUCUUCAGCAGACCCUAGCAAAGUUGGGUCGGUCCUAUUGAAAAGUGGCGAGAAGCUCGAGGCAGAUCUUGUGAUCCUCGGAGUGGGGGUAGUUCCUGCCACAGAUUACCUGAAGCAAAGCAGCAUCAAGCUUGAGGAUGACGCAUCAGUGAAAGUCGAUCGAUAUUUCCGUGUCGAAGGAGUCGAAGAUGCAUACGCUGUCGGUGAUAUUGCAACCUAUCCUUAUAACGGACCGGGCUCAGAUGAAAAUACCAAGGUGCGAAUUGAGCAUUGGAACGUGGCCCAAAACGCAGGUCGCCAGGCAGCACUUCACAUCACAACAAACAGCGAGCCAACUCACUUCAUCCCAGUGUUCUGGUCAGCUCUAGGCUCCCAGCUUCGAUACUGUGGCGCCACACCUAAGGGCUACGACGACAUUGUCCUCCGAGGAAAUCCCGACGAAGCUAAAUUCAUCGCGUACUAUACCAAAGGCCAGGACGUAGUAGCGGUGGCCACGAUGCAAAAGGACCCCUAUAUGACACAAUGCGCUGAGCUGAUGCGAAGAAAAAUGAUGCCAACAAAGGAUGAGAUUGUUGGAGGGGUGGAUGUACUGAACGUGGAAGUUCCUGCAGGCGUUCAGAUCUGAAGUCGAAUCGACCCGUCCGUUGCUGGAUGUAUCGUAUCGUUGUGGAAAACCUUCGAAUAGUGAAUUCCAAUUGGCAGCUCGCAAAAUUACGGAUAUUA